AACGAAAAGAAAGAAAACGAGUUUACAAUAGUGCACUCUGGCCUGGCCUGCAUAUCAAUACCCCAUCAUCAUAUCAUAUCAUAUCAUAUCAUCAAAAACCUUACACAAUAGUAGGCCAUUAAUAACCACACCACUUUCUUUCUUCCUUUCUCUCUUUCAUGGCUACUCCUCUCCAAUUCUCUCUCAACAACCCCAAACUCCUCCCCACCUUUGAAGAUGGCUUAUUAUUAAACAAAACCUCUUUCUUCCCCAUCCAUAUCAAACCCUUCUCUUCCCUAAGAUCAUCUCCUCACCAUUUUUCCCUCAAGUGCUCAACCCUUUCAAGCCCACCUAUCCCUAUACCCUCACAGCUUGAACAUGUCCACAAAGAAGAAGAAGAAGAAAGAGCACAAGAAGAAAUAAUAGAAGAAUACAUGGAGGAUCAAAGGCCUCUUGACAAAAUAUGGAAGCUAAUCCAAGGGUUGGAUAACUGGGAAGGCUUAUUAGACCCUAUGAACUCUCAUCUCCGCAAAGAAAUUAUCCGUUAUGGAGAAUUUGCCCAGGCCUGCUACGAUUCCUUCGAUUUCGACCCCCACUCCAAAUACUGCGGCACCUGCAAAUACACGGCCACCGAUUUCUUCCCAAAACUCGGCAUGGCCCACCGCGGCUACCACAUCAGCCGCUACCUCUACGCCACCUCCAACAUCAACCUCCCAAAUUUCUUCCAGAUGUCCACCGUCAGCAGCAUAUGGAGCCAGCACGCCAACUGGAUGGGCUAUGUUGCUGUAACCACCGACCCCGAGGAAAUCCGCCGCCUCGGCCGCCGUGACAUUGUUAUCGCGUGGCGCGGCACUGUUACUUACCUUGAGUGGAUCCAUGACCUCAAGAACAUCCUUCAUCCUGCACACUUCCGCGACGACCCGGACAUCAAGAUCGAAUCUGGGUUCUUCGAUCUCUACACCAAGAAAGAGAUGGCCUGCAAUUUCUGCACCUAUUCUGCCCGGGAACAGGUCCUCUCGGAAGUGAACCGGUUGAUAGAGAAGUACAGAGGGGAAGAGCUUAGCAUUACAGUAACAGGGCAUAGCCUAGGAGCUUCCUUGGCUCUGCUAAGCGCUUAUGACAUAGCAGAAAUGAAAGUGAACAUUUUGCACGACGACGACGACUCCCUGACAAGAAUCCCAAUCACCGUUUUCUCCUUCGCCGGGCCCAGGGUGGGCAACUUAAGGUUCAAAGAAAGAUGCGAAGAACUCGGGAUUCGCGUGUUGCGGGUCGUGAACGUUCACGACAAGGUUCCAACGGUGCCCGGAAUAAUCGCAAACGAGAAUUUCCAGUACCAGAAACAGUUAGAGAAAACGCUGCAAUUCCCAUGGAGCUACGCUCACGUGGGAGUGGAAUUGGCUUUGGAUCAUACCCGCUCUCCGUUUCUCAAGAAAAGUGGGGAUUUAGGGUGCGCGCAUAAUCUGGAAGCGCAUUUGCACCUCGUGGACGGGUUUCACGGCAAAGAUCAGCCCUUUAGGUCGGCGACGGGGCGGGAUAUAGCGCUUGUGAAUAAGGACUCGAACUUCUUGAAGCGUGAGCUGGACGUGCCGCCGUACUGGAGGCAAGAUGAGAACAAAGGAAUGGUGAGGACUAGCGAGGGGCGGUGGGUGGUGCCGGACAGGUCGAGAAUUGAGGCGCACCCGCCGGAUACCGGCCACCACUUUGAGAAGGUGCUCAGACUUGCAAGAGCCAGAUUAGAAUUAUUUGGAUGAGAAAUGAGGAAUGAGAAAUUACCUCUUUCUUUUACUACUACUACUUUCUGUAAUUUUAAAGUGCAUAUGUCCAUAUGUAAUCCUGGUCACAUACUCUCGUGGAGUAUAACUCUAAGUAUAUGAGUUUGAUUUUGUAAAGAAAAGUGAAUGAAUAAAAUUUGUGAACCAUUUUAUUUAUGAAUCAA